CACUGCCAUCCAAGUGAUCGCUUUUAGUUCCGUACCGCCCUAAGAAGACUAAGCACAUGAUUUUCGUCGUCUCUUUAUAAGCUAUAAUACAAGUGAAAUAAUUUGUGAUAUUUAGUUUUAGUGUGCCAAAAUAGAAAAAUGGAUGACGACCAGCAAUUUUGUUUACGAUGGAACAACCAUCAAUCGACGUUGGUAGCCGUAUUUGACACAUUAUUGGAAAACGGCACUUUAGUUGACUGUACUUUGGCAGCAGAAGGAAAAUGCCUCAACGCUCACAAAGUAGUUCUAUCGGCAUGUAGUCCAUAUUUUGAAGCGUUACUGUCAAAGCAUUUCGACAAACACCCAAUUCUCAUCCUGAAAGAUGUGAAAUUCCAAGAACUGAAAGCGAUGAUGGACUAUAUGUAUAGGGGGGAAGUGAACAUAUCUCAAGAUCAAUUAGGAGCGUUAUUAAAAGCGGCGGAAUCAUUGCAAAUUAAAGGAUUAUCUGACAAUAGGAAAGGUGAGACAAGUGAUAGGAAACCCACGCCAGCCGCACCUCCACCGAAGAGUCCGCAACCGGCCUCUACCCUACCUAAGGUACAGGGUCUUACAAUAGAGCAAAGAGCUCGGGAGGAUUCCAGAGAAGGAAGUAUGUCGCCAGGUCCUCGAAAAAAGAAAAGGUUGAGGCGAAAGAGUGAAGAAUUAGAUAAUCACGAUGCCUCUAAUUCUUCCGAAUCUCACAGUUUACCCGCCCAAAGCAUUCCUAUGUUACCUGCAAUUACGAAAAUGAACGCCGACGUGCCUGACCAAGUAGAAACAAAAUCCGAGAUACUCACGAGGCAUAAACAGAUAGAAGAUACAAUCCCUCAAGUUCCUAUUAUAAAAGAAAAGAUCGAAACGCAUACAGAACUGAUGUUGGAACCAAAGUCUGAAUAUGUAGAUGAAAUGAACGAGGACAGUAUCGAGGAUUUAACGCUAGAUGAUGACGAUUUAAGUAACAUGGAACAAGUUGACGAUCAAGCAGGACCUAGUCAUGGAGCGGGAGAAGGAUCAAGUCAAGGUUUUGGAGGUUGGCAUAUGGGUAAUCAAAGUCAGGAUGAAGUAUUUUUAGCCGCACAAGAGGCGGUAGGUGCACAUCGAGACUCACAAGCUGAAGAUCUAAGAGUUAAAAAACCCGGUUGGGAGGAUUGGCCAUCUCAUUUGGUCCUUCCCAUGAUGAUAAUGCGCGAAAAUAUGACGCAAUCUAUGCUACAAACGUUAAAUCGAAAUACUCUAGACCUUUCUCUGAAUUCCAAACCGAAAAAUAAACCUUCAAUCGUAUCGACCGUUGGCGGUUUCGUUUGCGGAGAUUGUGGACGAACAUAUAAACUGAAAAGUUCCUUGCGCAAUCAUCAGAAAUGGGAAUGUGGGAAAGAGCCGCAGUUCAAAUGCCCUUUUUGCGUUUACAAAGCUAAACAAAAGAUGCAUAUGGCAAGACAUAUGGAAAGAAUGCAUAGAGAUGUCGAUUAUGCGGCCGUUAAAACUGAAAUUAAAAGCGAAAAUGACAAUCCAAAUAAUUCUGAUACUGUUGGAGAAAGUAGAAUGGAAAUUAGCAAUGACAGCAAAAGUUGUAGCAAUAUGUAGAACUUUACAGGAUAUUUUACAUAUUUAUCGGAUUCAUUUUUUGUUCACCUGUAUUGAAAUCGAGUAAUAAUAGCUAUGAAACAAUAGAAAACAAAAUAUAAAUGUGUACAUUAAAAUAACAAAAUAUCGUUUGUUCCCUCAAUUUAUUUGUUAAAUAUUUAUUAUAAAUUUAUUAGAAUUGUAGAUAAAUUUUUGUCUACAAUUCUUAAAACCCAUUGACGAAAACUAGUUAAAUAGUAUAAUUCAGUGAUUCCUUUUGAAUAUUAACCAUUCCUCUUUUUAUAUAUGACACAUCACUCAAUAAGUCGUGUGACUAACUAAGAAAAAAUACUUUUUCUAUCAAAAAUCGACUUUUUUCAUCAAUAUAAUCUUUUUCAAAAGCAGUACAAUCAUUCCAAUGAAUCUCUAACUUCUCCAAUUUGUCUUUUGCCUCAAAAUAGUUCAGAUCUGGACUAUAUGGUUGAUGAGGAAGCAAUUCAAAGUGUAAUUCGUCCAAUUCAACCAUCGUUGGUGAAACACUGGUUUUCUCUUCGACAUAACAGACCGGUUUUCUUCGAUUUUUGUAUUCGGUAUUAAUUGGAGAUAGCCGAUUAGCAAUAUUCCAUGCGCAGCUCAAAAUAAUGAAGCCAUAACCUUUCCUGCUGACCGUUGUGCCUUUCGACGUUUCGGACGUGGUUCACCGGCUGCAGUCCACCCAGAUAUUGUUCAUUUUGAUUCCGGAAUUGAGUGAUGGAUCCAUGUUUCAUCCAUUAUCACAUAUCGAGGCAAAAAUCUGAUUUAUUACAUGCAAGCUGUCUCAUCAACACGUUGUUGUUUUUGAUCGACUGGAAGUAAACGUGGCACACACUUUGAAAAAAGUUUUCUGGAGUAUCUACCUCAAUUAGACAAUCAAAACGUUCACCGUCAUCGCUGUCUUUAAGGCCACGUUUAAAUUCAGCAAACCAAUGGUUCUUUUCGGUGGAGCAGAGUCCGGUUAACACUUUUGAAGCCAUUACUGAGCUGGUACAGCAUUUUUGCUGUAAUGAUAAAUUAAUCCAUUAAUUAAUUAAUCCACUUUUUUCUGAAUAAUCGGAAUGUCAUCAAUGUCUUUUGAAAGUUGGUACCUCCUAAACGUCAUAUGGAUUUGUUAUUGGAAGCUCCAUCUGUGUGUCAGUCACGCGACUUGACAUUGAGUGAUGUUAUAUGUACUACAUUCCAUUAGUAUUUUAUAGUUUCAACUCAGAACUGCCAUUAACAAUAUUAACAAGGUAUUGCAAAUACAAACUGCGCCUUAUCAAAUAUUCUUGUCUCUUGAUUUUUACCAACAUCUUGUUUCUUGAAUACAUCUUCUAAAUUAUCCUUUAGCAACUAUUAUACUUUUUUAUACUUAUACUCAAAUAAUGAACAAUUUCUUCGAAUUUGGGACCAAUAAAAAGUCACUAGGGGAUAAACUCGGAGAAUAGGAUGGAUGAGGAAACAAUUUUUGUGCCCUCACCAUGUCCCGGUGUAAGUUUAUGGAAUCAGUUGAUAUGAUAUGUGACAAUUGUUAUUAGAAGCUUUUUUAGGGCUCCAUAGAUACUAACGUAUUACAAAAUUAAACCAAUCCGUAUCCACGUGGAUACACCAAGUUUUUGCUUUAUUAUAGCGUUUAAAAAUAUAUUUACAUAUAAUGAAAAUAUUCAAAAUAAUCUAUUACAACGCAGUUUUGCAAUACCUUGCGACAUACUUCAACGAUAUUUCAAUGAAGCUGAUUUAAUUUCAAUUUCCGAAUGAUGUAUACAAGGUAUUUACGAAAUUUUGAGCGUUUUAUUUGGAAAAUACCACAGUAAGUUUUUGGAGGAAAAAUUGAAAUUUUAUCAUAGAAUCUUAGUUUUAUUGAAUUAAUCGUAUUUUCUGUAAUAGCCAUUAUAUUUAUUUUGAAUACUCACCAGUGUACGCCUCACGAUAUAUUGUGAUACCGAAAUAUAAAAGACAGUUUAGUAUUACUUGUACGCAAAUCCGCCUGUUAUUGUUUUGUGGUAUACUUUUAUGAAUGAUAAAUACUGCCAGUAUCAUGAUUCGUAUCAACCGAUAGUUUAUAAUUUGUUUACCAUACCUUAGUUUUAUUUUUUUUUUGUAUUUUGUUGAUAUGAAGAUGUGGGAAAUAUACAACUAAUUCUCAUUUGUAAAAAUACAAAACUAGAAACCUCAUUUCAAUAGCAAUAACACGGAAUAACUGGGAAAGUAAUAUCGAGGAGGAAAAUUUAAUUAUUCCUUUGACGAUAUAAUGGAGUUAGUAGCACUUUUUUCUGAACAAUUUUUUUUAUAAAUAUCUAUUUUUUCAAGUUCAUGGAUAACCUAAAAGGUAUUAAUUCAGUUAUUAAUGAUCGGCAUGUUUUUUUUGUUGUAUAUGUGUAUAGAUUUGAGGUCUUGUGUACACUGCGACCCAAAGGAUUUAUUCUAUCCCCCUUUCUUGUUGCGAUACUGUGGAAUCCAGUGUUUAUAGUUGAUCCAUUAAUCCCCUUCCUUUUAAAAAGUCUAGAAUAUGAGAUAGUUUUAAUUGCCGGAAAUCUUCGUCUUCUAUUUCAUAUGCAUCCAGGUGUAGUACUCUGCAAUUCCAACAAAACCUGCACGCCGCAUUAUCUGCUAGUUCUAGCGUCUUCAGGUAUUUGUUGAGGCGACAUUGCCCCAAUAGAACUACUUAGGUUGAUACUUUCAGCAUAUCUAGUCUGGUUAUAGUUGUUCAGAAGAAUCUUUCCCUGUCUCAGCCCUUGUAGGUUGUCCCAAUAAUUCGUUUUGCUCCUAUCCAGUGUUUUUUCCAUCGCUCUGUAGCUGAUACCACAGAAGAUUACAGAUCCCGUGAAGGACUUGUCUGCCUCCGCUUUAGGUGUGUCCCGGAAUCCGUUGUAGGUUAAUUUUAUUUUUCUUGUCUAGCUCGUUUAAUUUUUCUAGGCAAUUCCAAACAAGAUUUUAUGAUAUUGGAUCUUAGAGCUGACUAUAGGAUAGUUCCUUUCUAGAUUGAACCGAACACUUUUGUCAAUUGUAUAAAUUUCUGCUUGAAAAAUACUUAGUGCGCUGCCCAGACUUUUAGAGUGUUUGGUUCUGGGCCCCUACACUCAUAUUCCAGUUUCAUCUGCUGUUUUUCAUCCAUCCGUUUACCAUUUAAUGGCAUUUCUGUUCAUUUCUUGUAUGUGUUUUGGUCUCAUUUGUAAUUUUUUUCGAUGUGACGUCCUGAGGCAUGUUUCAGGGUUGGUUUUUUUCUGUUACCGAGUUUGAUAUUGUAUAAACAUUCUAUACAACGAAUUUUGUGAUUAUUCUAGAUAAAACUUUGGAAAUAGGAAAUUUAAUAUUGAUCUAAACAAUACGAAUAUCCACGCAAAUUAUUGGUUGCUCACAAAAUUUGUUAAAACCAAACAUAAAAAAAUUUUUUAUUUAAUAAUUUUCUUUUAACUUCCAUGAAUUGACUGUCAUUUUGAAUUUUUCACAGUAAACUGAGUAAUAUACAUCAUUUUUCAUCUUCGUAUCAACAAAAACUUUUUUUCAAUAAAAGCCGAUGUACAGUGUGUUCAUAAAGUGAUGUGAUCCCUCAUUACAUUGGAACAUUUCAUUAUAGAUACAAUACAAGACAUUUCAGGACAAUUAAUGACUGAAAAACCUAUUACUUUAUAACCAAUAACGUUUUAUCUAUAACUAUGAGGAAAAACACUCAAUGUAUUAUCGAUUUUUGUCAACAUUAUAAUUAUAUUCAAUAGUAAUAUUUCAACAUCUAUCAAUAUUCUUGUCAUUUAUGAUGUCAUCGAUGUAACCUUCAGUAAUUGCGAUUAUGCAUUAUGUAUUCAUUAUUUUGAUAACUUGGAAGUAACGAGUUUGAUUUUCGUAAAAAUACCUGACGCAGGAAACGAUCUAUGGAAAAAGAUAGAAGCAUGAUGAUGAUGACCCUGAUAUAGGAACAAUUUUCCUCUGAAGUAAUUAGAUAAGGAUGGUUCAUUUUCGUGUGAGACUUGCUCUUAGUGCGAGCUAUUUUCUAUAUCUUCAGUUUUCAUAAAAUGUUACUUAGGUUCUCAUUCAAAUCAUCUAUAACGGAAUUUGUACAAAAUAUUUAUGAAAUAUUUCCAAAUUUCUUCAUACAAUUGGAAAUAGAAAUCUGCUGAAUCACCUAGAGGUGCCGUGGGUACUACAUGAUGAUGAUGAAUAGAAAUAGAUAAAUUAGCACGUUACGAUACUUUAUGAACACACUAUAUUCAUUUAAUCAUAUUAUUAAUACUCAAUAUAUCAUUAUGGCAAUGUUGGCAAGUUCUCGGACUCAUCAACAUCUUUUUUUGUGUCAUUAACUCCCACUAUUCUUAAUUAUUAAUAUAUUAUAUUGUUUUUAAUAUAAUAUAGUUUAAGAUUUUUCUAUAAAAAAGAAGUAAGCGAAGAGAAAACAUUUUUAUAAAUUUAACGUAAUUUCCAUUUUAGAAUAAUUUAUAAUUUGCUUUUAGUUAUAGUGAGUUCCAAAUGUUUUUUGUCAUUUUUGACUAAACAUGUAGAAAUAUACCUUUUUUACACACUUAUUCGGAAGUGCCGAUUCUCAAAUAUUAGUGAUGUUGUAUGGAGUAUUCCAUCUGAGAAUUUGUAGUAUACAAAUGUCUCGAACCCUUCUUCAUCUCUAUCAAUCGUUCUUCAUUCAUUAUUGGAUAAUAAAAUUUAUAUUAAAAUGAAAAAUUCUCUAAGUAACCAAUGAUUUAACUGCAUAUUCUUUUCCUUGCGAGACCAAUUUAUGACACGAUGGAUCUGAUUAAACCUCAACGCACUGUAUAAGGUUUUGUAUUCUAUCUACUUCUUAGUCGCUGCGUUCGAGUUGACCAUUUUCUUAUCUACAUACUAAGGUUAGGUUUGGUCAUAAAAUUUCAACCAAUUACUCUAAAUUUAUUCUCAUCCAUGGUAGUUUUCUUUGGUAAAGAAAAUGGUUAACCAGAAUUCAAUAUUUAGAUAUCGAUCAUCCUGGGAAAUAUAAUUAGUUUACAAUAGUAGUCGGGACGCAAUUCAUAUAUGACCCUUUCAGUUACGUUUAGUGUUUCCAAUACAGUUUUCUUCUUAACAUCCAGCAACACAGCAUCGAUUAUACAUAGUUAAUGUCACCAAUUUCAAUCAAAUGGUUAUCAACUUUUAAACGUACUUAUAUCUAUUACUUUUCGGUUUAUCUGGUGAGUAAAAUUUCCAUUUUUGAAUGAUGGACCUUUAUACCAUCUCUUUUUUGAGAUACUUUUAGUUAAAACAUUUAAAAUGAUCAUAGAUAAACUGAUAUGGCUUUCAAUAUUUUUCAAGCUUUUUACUUAGCUUUAGACGACACUUAAAGUUUCCAGUUCGUCCACAAGAUAAACUUUAAAUUUGUUUUAACAACUUUUCUAAGCUUUUAUUCAUCGUUACUUCAUCAUAUGAAUUCUAGACUACAUCUUUUAUUUGUUUUCAUUCGGUUAUUCUCAUUUUGAAACGGCGUUGCGAGGUUAUGUUGAGUGUCUUCAUCUCCAUGUGUAAUAAUUUGGUCUUUCCACUAGGAAAACGCUGAAUUACCUUAAGUACACAUUCUGGAUUGUUUGUCAUCAAAAAAUACCGAAUAAAAAUUAAUUUUGUUUUAUAUUUUGUAUCGUUUUAUGAUCCCAAUGUUUCAAUUCGUAAUUAAAAACUAUUAUUAGUGCGUUCUAUGAUUGUAAGAUCUCAACUUGAAAUGUUUCUCAACAUUCUCCAGCUUACUCUUUUUAGGAAUAAUUUACGUGCUCCGAUUUAAUCGCUCUCUAACCUCACUAACUUUUAAUUUUGAUUACAACAGCAAUUAUUUUGAUUAUACAUUGUUCCUAUUAAAGAAAAACGUUGUUCCUAUUGUUCAGAUGUAUCAGAACAAGUAUUACCACGAUAUUAUUGUGAUAGGAUUAUAAUAUAUACAAUUUUUUGACCAGUGCCUUCUCAUUAAAUCUCACUUACUUCCAAAAAAUACGUUGAAUUCGAUACGUAGUUUUUAGAAGUAAUUUGAUUUUUUCUUUAAGCUUAUAAUAAGAAAAACUUUUUAUAAAGACGCAUUGAUCUUAUUGACUCAGUGAUAAAAUUCCAUUACUUCAAGGAUGUGGAUAUAAAUAAGAUAUUUAGUUUUUAAUCAAAGAGCGACCUGAAUCAAAUUUGAACAUAAACGCAGUUAUUGUUAAUUGAAUAAGAGACACUGUUAUCUUGAUUAGAUAUCAUGCAAUCAUUUAAAAUAUCUAAAAUCCUGCAACUUAACGUCUUCAGUAGUUGCUUGUUGCUCCGACUGGAUCAGUCGGAUUCUGCAACGUCUGAAAAUGCAACGAAACGUAGUAGAAACAAACACUUUUUGAGAAUAUGCAUUUGUUAAGUGUUCAAUGCCUUAGAAUACUAAAAAUUGAACAAAGUACAAAUUCAGAAUGAUAAAACAAAAGAUACUCAUCGAUGAAGAUCGCAUUCGAAUGCUUAAAUGUCCUUAUUUUCUACUUAAAAAUCACCUGGAUCUUUAUUAUUGUUGAGAUCCAUACAGAUACACCUCUAACAUUAAAAAAUCAUCUUCCGACGAUUCUGCAGAUAUUAUUCUAGUCAUAGUUUCCGGGAACGAACUUAUGUUGAGUCUCAUCAUCUCCAUUAUCCUUCGGUCUUCAUAUUGAUAUUCAAAGAACACCGAAUUACAUCGAGUACAUUUUCUGGAUUGUUCGGUGUCAAGGAAAACCACGUUGUACUGAAAUAUCUCAGAUAACUUGUAUAGUUUUUUGUUUCCAAUGUUUUUUAUAACUUUAACCAUCACCAUAGCUGCGGUUACUCCAGGUCUUUCAGUUUUAGUUUCUUUGAAUCGUCUAAUAAAUCCAAUAGCACCCAAAGAUUUUUCGAUAGUUAAUGAAUCUUUUGAAUAAUUUCAAAUAUAUCAAUAUAGUUGCAUAUACAAGGUGAUCUCAAAAUGUACUCAACUGUAGGCUUAUAAUUUCAUUGAUUGAAAUGAUGAAACAACGUUAUAUUUGUUUAAUUCAUUAAUUAAUAUUUAAAGUAUUGGUGGAAAGAUUAAUUUGCGUCGGGCUUGGAGGACUUGACGUUAUUAAUAAAAGAUUAAUCUUUCACUUUUUCUUCAUUCUUCUUUGAUUCCAUAUUCCUUUUAUUUCUUUCAAUUAUUCGAAAAAAUGCAUGUGGGAAUCGAUCACUGUAUCAACUGUCUCAAAAAGUGUUAUCUACGGUGCAUUCCACUAAGCACCCACAAAAAUCAUAUUCAUGACCACGGCCUUUCCCGUUCCACUUAGUCCGUAGCGACAUAAUUGUAAAUCCAAGUUGAAUGAAUCGUGAGACGUUCGAAGCUUUGAGGUAAUAAAGCAGCGAAAAUAAAGCAACAGCUUUAAGAGACUAUCUUAUAAUUCGUAAAUCUUUGAAUUUACAUUUACGUAAAAUCAAAAUGGGGUUCGUCAUAAGAAGGGUCCAGAAAUAACUAACAAUUUCCCUCACCGCAUCAAAUAAUUGGCAUUCUCGUGGUUGUCAUUUUUGUCGUUUUGAAUUUUGAAAAAUCAAAUAGUGUCUCUUUUAUUAAAUUUAAGGUUCUUCAUAGUUUUAUUCAGGUCAUCUUGUACAUAUAGGUAUAGAUUAUAAUUUUCUUGGUUAUUUUUUUAGAUGUUAUUUUUUUAACAGCAAAAUUUUUGCUUUUGAAUAUUUUUAUUAAAUAUGAAAUUAUAUGAUUUUCAUAGAUGAACACGUCUUCGCGAUACGAGUAUAAAUUAGUUUAAUAUUGUUUAUAUGAACAGUCUUAGAGUAAGUGCUUUUUUGCAAUUAUUAUAUUUUUUUUUGGGUUCCAAAUAUUUAUUUUCGUUUAAGCUGUUUAGAGCGAAUCUUUUUAGUUGUAUUUGAUUUAUAAAAAAAUCCUCGCGGUUUUACUAAUUUGAGUUUAUAUUAUUGUGAAUAUUUGGAACAUGAAAUAUAUUUUUUUAAACCGAUUUGUGCUUUGGAAAAAAUAUAUUACGCUUUAUUUUAAUGCGGCAGCUUUUCAAAAACGGUUUUGGUGUAUAUGAAAAAGAUUUUGUUUGGAUUUAUCGAGGUGAUUAUGUAAAAAAUUAAGAGAAAAAUUUGAAAAAAAAAAGAGCUUUUACUUUAUGUUUUUUUACCAGGUGUAGGGACCAAUGAAAGAAAAAAAAGUUAACCAAUAAAGUAGAGUCGAUUUGGCUUUGCUUUUUUU